GGAGAACCCGAUCGCGCUGUGUGUGCUAUUUGGAGAUCAGUUGUGCAACCCCCUCGACACUCUUGUGCAACAAAGCAAUCUCGGACCCCACAUGACCUUAUCCCUGAGCCCAAUCAACCACGCAAUAGCCGCCUGCUUCCACCACUGACUGUUGCGAUUCAUUGUAGUGAUUGGCGCAUACCGCGAUGCCUCCAAACUGGUUCAACGGCUGAAAGACAAGCAGGAGACAUCGGGAGAGUUCAUUCUGCCAGAGCAUUUGACCAAAGAUUUCGAAGACAGUUUGAAACUUGGCUGUGUGGCAGUCCAAACUCAAUAUGACCAUGAUGUUCGUCGCUUCGGAGAGACGUACGCUCGCGGGGAUGCCAUUGCACGGGAGCAGAUGAAGGACAUAUUGAUCGCUUUGCAACAGGCAGUCAUCACCCAUCUGCGGGAGGUGUAUAUGGACGAAACGUCGCUUGACCUCCAUUCGCUCAAAGAAACCUCCGAUGAUAGCCGUGUCAAUGCCACGGUCUGCUUGGGUCAGCUUUACCAACGCAUGUCGACAGCCACAGCGGCAUUGAAGCAGAUUUCCAGACCAGGCUUUGUCGAGUCGAACGGGGCGAAAGUACCCGGUUGUUCAGAAUAUUCAAGCAGCCGAAGCACUCACUCCUCUGUAGGUGGGCGACCCUCCGAAAGCCAGUCGACAGCUUCGUAUACCACGUACAAUUCGAGGUCGGCUGCUGGAAACGAUCGCAAACCGUCGGGAGUCUCAAUGCCGCAAAGAAGGUCUUCAUCGAACUCGGUCUUCUCGAAUACCAGCGAACGAGAACCGCCCGCACGCGUGACACCGGGUGAAGACAAUGUUCCGGCACUUCCUUUCUUCAUGCACAUACAGACCAAUCGGGUUGUCCAAACAGCGCCCAGCGAUGGUCAAAAGCGUAACCUUUCACCUAAUCCCGAUGCAUCGCCGCCACCGCCGUAUAUGGCGAACCUAUCAUCACCAGUUUCUGGGUCUGAGGAAAAGGGACAAAGAUUUCCUCCACACUCCGCUUUCUACCAGCCUCCAGCUUCCAACGCCCAUGUCAGCCCAUUGCAAAGCCCAGGAAGCCAGAGGAGGGCUGGCAUUCUGGGCAACGGGAACGAACGCCACAGUCCACCACACGUUCAGACAUCCCAGGUUCAUGAGCUCGGUUGUGGAAUAUCGCGAGAAACCGACCCAGGGGUGCUCGGAAUAUCCAGGAAAACCACCCAAAACAGUUGGAGUCAGGAAGUGCCCUUGAACCCCGACUACAGUACCUUGGAGUACGUGGACGAACCCGAUGCGCGCAGUCUUCCAUCAGCCUCGUCCGCGGCAUCACAAGAGUACCAGCGAAAGGCCCAGCAAAGACAGCAAGCAAUGCAGCGAGCAUACCAGCAGCAGCGGCCACAGGACCCGAUUGUCCGAGCGGAUGCCUACAACACAGGCGCUCCAACAAGCAUUGAUCCGGUCGAUUAUAUUGUUGAAGCACGAGAUCCUGCAAUGCCUUCAUCACCGAGGCCGUCAUCAAUCCAUUCUUCGAGCUCGGCAGGGUCAAGAAUCAGGGCGUUCACGUUCAAACGAGCACUUCCGCCGGGAUUGGCCAAAGCCAUUAGUAAACCUGCGCCCUUGCCAUUGGAAGCACCGCCUCGCUAUGUCAGACCCCAGACGCCUGACCCGGGGGACGAGCGAGGGACACACAUACAUAACCCUCCAUCACCUUCCAUCGAGCAGUCGAAUACAGUUUCUCUGACAGCGGCCUCAACCACUCGACGUUUCGAGUCCGAUAUGCGACCACCUACCUCACCACAUUUCCGAACAGUGGAUUCCGUGUUGAACUUGCCAACCGAGUCCAGUCCCGGCGAAUUUUGCAAGGGCGCAGUCCGAGCACAAAUAGGCGCCCGGAAGAAGGGCUUCUCGCUGGAGUCCAGACGGAGCACCAAGAAAGGGCAGGAAUUCUUCUUCGAAUGCACAAAAUGCAGUUUUCAAGUUCCUGCGGCUGUGUCGACGGCGCUUCCCAGUGGCGGACGAGGCGCGGUCAAGCGAGAGAAAAUGUUCCACCCUCAAAUUUGGGUUUCUCCAGGAGGCAUCAAAUACCGAUGGGUCUUCCUGGCUAAGAGUCACGUUCCAAGCAAACUCGCGGCGACGAAAGGGACGACGACGGGCAGGAGCUCUGCGCAUAAGAAUAGUAACGCGGCUGCCGAAGACGUGUUUGGCUGUUAUAUUUGUCACUCAGAAGGCGCGGCUAGGGGGUGGCUGGACGAUAACUGUCAGACUCCUCAGCGUGCAGAGUCACGGCCGGUAAUGGGACUCGGAAGCCUCGAAGAAGGAAACACAGCGACCGGGGGAAAGGGUGGCGAUAAUGAAGACGAUAAAACCUCGAAGACCACGCCGACAUUCACUGGUGUUCGGGCAUUCCUGGCCCAUCUGGAAACGCACCGGACAGCAAGUCGAACUCCCGGGUUCAUCGUGGCAACUGAGAUGAAUUGUAUCGUGGGCCGGGUCGCGGACGACAGUGAAGAUUUUGACCUGAAUUUGCCGCCGUUGUUGCCGUGUCCGUAGUUAAGCGGGUAGAGACUGAAAGCCGGCGAUAUAUUUGUUCCCCAGUCGAAGCGCGGAAUAUUAGGUACCUACGUAUGUACCAUUAAGUUUGUCACCGAGUAUGACAUCUCCCA